AUGUCCGAGAGGUCAGAGAGGAAGAGUCUAGCUCCUGGGCUGGACAAACGAAGACUCGUGAGCGGCUUUCCUUUCGCGAAGGAAGAUUGCCCCUCUGCAGCCGCCGUAGCCGAGCGGAAACGUAGUCUUGCCACGUUUCUCAAGUGGGGCCGAAGGAAGAGAUCCGGCAUGGCUGACGACGCGAGUCUUGAGGCGCCGCUGUGCUCCGAGCAGUUCGGCUCCGGGGCGGCCCGGAGCUGCUGCGCCGCCGCCGACGGGGGCCUGCAGUGGGAGGCCUGGGGGUGGCGCUGGUGGGGGUUCUCUGGGCCUGUCACAGUAAAACCCGAAGGACGAGAUGGGGGUGGAGAGGGGGCUCCCGGGACCGCCUCACCGCUUCUCUCCCGGCUCCUGGCCGUGUUCCUGCCACAGGGCUUCCCCGAUAGCGUCAGCCCGGACUAUCUGCCCUACCAGCUAUGGGAUUCUGUGCAGGCUUUUGCUUCCAGCCUCUCCGGCUCCCUGGCCACCCACGCAGUCUUGCUAGGCAUAGGGGUAGGGAACGCAAAAGCUUCUGUUUCAGCUGCCACGGCCACCUGGCUCGUGAAAGAUUCAACUGGCAUGCUGGGCCGCAUCGUCUUUGCCUGGUGGAAGGGGAGCAAACUGGACUGUAAUGCCAAGCAGUGGAGGCUUUUUGCUGACAUCCUCAAUGAUGUAGCCAUGUUUCUUGAGAUUAUGGCUCCCGUAUACCCCAUCUGUUUCACCAUGAUCGUCUGCACCAGCAACCUGGCCAAGUGCAUUGUAAGCGUGGCUGGCGGGGCCACCCGGGCUGCACUGACCAUGCACCAGGCCCGGAGAAACAACAUGGCCGAUGUGUCAGCCAAGGAUAGCAGUCAGGAGACGCUGGUAAACCUGGCAGGACUCCUGGUCAGCCUCUUGAUGCUUCCUCUGGUGUCAGAUUCCCCUGGCUUCAGCCUUGGUUGUUUCUUCCUCCUCACUGCCCUCCACAUCUACGCCAACUACCGGGCAGUCCGAGCCCUUGUCAUAGAGACCUUGAACGAGGGCCGGCUCUGGCUGGUCCUGAAGCACUUCCUUCAGAGGGGAGAGGUUCUUGGCCCCACUUCAGCCAAUCAGAUGGAACCACUGUGGACAGGUUUCUGGCCAUCUGUGUCUCUAUCUUUGGGGGUCCCCCUACACUGCUUGAUCUCCAGUGUCUUUGAGCUGCAACAGCUGGUUGAGGGGCACCAAGAACCCUACCUCCUUCACUGGGACCAGUCAAAAAACCAUGUACAGGUAGUUCUGAGCCAGAUGGCAGGCCCUGAGACCGUCCUGAGGGCCGCCACACACGGGCUGGUGCUUGGAGCUCUGCGGGGAGAUGGGCCCCUCCCGGGAGAGCUGGAGGAACUGAGGAACCGAGUACAGGCAGGUCCUGAGAAAGAGAGCUGGGUCAUCGUCAGGGAGAUGCACCGAGUGUUGGACAAGCUAUUCCCAAAGUUCUUGAAAGGAUUGCAGGAUGCGGGCUGGAAGACUGAGAAGCACCAGCUAGAGGUGGAUGAGUGGAGGGCCACAUGGCUCCUGUCUCCAGAAAAGAAGUUCUCAUGAGCAGCCCAGACAGAG